AUGGAAAAAGAUCCGAAAUCAAUUCAGAAAUGGUUCGAAAAAAACCUCCGCCACGACCCGAAGGUAACGAAUCUCCAUUUCUACCUUCACGACAUUGUUAGCGGUCCAACUCCGACAAACGUUCCGAUCGUCAUAUCAAAUUCCACCGCAAAAUCGCCCACGUUCUUCGGGCUGGUUGCAGCGAUAGACGACCCGUUAACCGCGGGGCCCGACCCGGAUUCGGAGAAAGUGGGCCGGGCUCAGGGGCUAUUAGCAUCCACCUCGUUGGAAGAGACUAGCUAUCACAUGUCGUUUAAUAUUGUGUUCACCAAUGAGAAGUACAACGGGAGCACGCUUACUAUUGUGGGAGCAAAUCCUUUCUUGCAUGAGUACCGUGAGCUGGCGGUUGUGGGCGGGUCGGGGGUUUUUCGAUUGGCUCGUGGGUCGGCUGUUUUGAAGACUUUGACUUAUAAUGCUACUUCAGGCAAUGCUAUUGUCGAGUACAAUGUUGAGGUGUUGCAUUACUAG